AAUCACCAUGCGCAUGAGGCAGAGUGUCAUUUCCGCAUAGUUACUGCAUGACGCUGAGACUCAACCAAUGACAGAGUGGCGACAGCACAGCGGAAUUUGCAUAUGCUGUAUAUAUUCAGAGACAGUGUCUCCAAUGUUUCACAAAUUCCGGCUAACACCAGAAUUACAAUCAUGCCUGAACCAGCAGCACCGAAAGCCCCUAAGAAGGGAUCCAAGAAGGCGAUCACCAAGACCCCCGGCAAGAAGGACAGGAGGAGGAAAAGGCCCAGGAAGGAGAGCUAUGCCAUCUAUGUGUACAAAGUACUGAAGCAAGUCCACCCCGACACCGGCAUCUCCUCCAAGGCCAUGGGCAUCAUGAACUCCUUCGUCAGCGACAUCUUUGAACGCAUCGCCGGCGAGGCCUCCCGUCUGGCUCACUAUAACAAGCGUUCCACCAUCACUUCCAGGGAGAUCCAGACCGCCGUUCGUCUGCUUCUUCCCGGUGAGCUGGCCAAGCACGCCGUGUCUGAGGGAACCAAGGCCGUCACAAAGUACACCAGCUCUAAGUAAGCUGUUCUGCUGACUUUCAAAACUAAACCAACGGCUCUUCUAAGAGCCACCCACUUCAUCU